ACUGUUGAAGAAGACUGUUACUGGUGUGGCAUCCGUUCAGUGUUUGUGAACGUGAUUUAUUUCAACAAAGACAAACAUCACGUUCAUUAUCGAUUACUUCAGAUGCGUAGGUAGUCGAGUAAUUAUUACGACCUAGUUAUUUUAGUAAGAAUACUGCUUAUGCACUCUUGUUACCAGUAUUGCUAACAAUAUUCGCAGCCGGAGUCUAGUCUGUAUAUGUACAUAGUUAUUUUUUGGUGAAAAUGAUUGUGACCGUCUACAGAUUGCUUUGCCUGGCAGGCAUUGUUGUGUCGGUGUAUGGGAAACUCGUGGCCUUGUACAAGAAACAAGAUUCGAGUUAUCGGGCGGCUUGUGAUUUCGGCUCAGCCUUUUCUUGCUCCACUGCUUUGACCUCAGAGUACGCAAAUGGUUUUGGAAUAAUUGGUCCCCUUCUCGGCCAUGACCACUUCCUCAACAUCUCUAACUCUGUCUAUGGCAUCUUCUUCUACGCAGCAUUGUUCGUCAUUGGUGGUGCUCGCUCGCAGCUGAUGAGGAAGCUGAAUGUGCUUCUCGGUGCUGUAUCAUGUGCAAUGAGCGUCUACCUCGCCUACAUACUCUACGCCAUUCUGCACGACUUCUGCCUGGUGUGUGUUACAAUCUACGUCGUUAAUAUUCUCCUUUUCAUCCUCGCCAUUGUCCAAUUGAGAAGGCUCACAGCAAAAGACCCGAGGCACACUCGCUAAUCGUGUUUCCAAGAACGUGCAGUGUGCGUGUCCAACAAAGGUCCGUCCCGCGUGCUUCGUCAAGAACCACAGAGAACAUCUCGGCGUUCUACAUACAAGACAGAACUCCUGUUGAAUUCACAAGCAUCCAUUACCAUGGUAUAGAUGCACACGGGGUGCCACGUUCACCAGAAAAAAAGAACCUUAAAGAGACAGCAGCAUGCUGCGAGUUGUGUGGAGUAUUUUGCUGAUGAUAAAUGCUAGCACAGAGCAAACAUGCAAGCAUGGUAUUCAAAAUUCAAUAUGUACAAUACUCAUUUUAUGAUUUUUCUGCAUGACUAUAUACAGGUCAGACACAAGCACACUCAUGAGACCAAAAAUUCAGAAAGCAACAGAACGUGUGAAGAGUUCUCCUGUGGCUGAGCAUUGUCCUUUCGCGCUAUACUCGUUUCUUAUUGAACUCCGCCAAGAUCUUCUCCUCCUCUGCUUUCAUAAUUUUCUGCAAACAAAGAAAGCACAGCACCCAUGCAAGGACUGAGUAUAUCCACAUGAA